AUGGACAGACCCCACCCGCACCCGAGAGACUUGUUGGCGAAGAGCUUGGUCGGGUCGGGUUAUAGUGGUUCCGGCCCUGUCACCAGAAGCUCGCAGCUGGAGGUUCUAUUGGGUAUUACCGGCAAGGACUUUACCCUCAUCGCCGCCUCCAAGGCCGCCAUGAGGGGUGCGACGAUUCUCAAAGCAUCCGACGAUAAAACAAGAGAGCUGAACAAGAGCACUUUGCUCGCAUUCUCUGGGGAAGCUGGUGAUACAGUGCAAUUUGCCGAAUACAUUCAGCGCAACGCGCAACUCUACUCGAUGCGCAACGAGACAGAUCUAUCUCCCUCGGGCCUCGCGCAUUUCGUGCGCGGCGAGCUAGCAUCCAGCCUGCGAUCGCGAAAGCCCUACAACGUCAACCUGCUAAUGGGUGGUGUCGAUCCCAUCACGGGUAAGCCGUCCCUGUACUGGAUGGACUACCUCGCAUCGAUGGCCGAAGUUCCCUAUGCCGCACACGGCUACGCACAGUACUACUGCCUCUCGAUCCUCGAUAAGCACCACCAUCCCGAUAUCAAUCUUGGACAGGGCAUCAAGCUUCUGAACCUGUGCACGGACGAGCUGAAGCGACGAUUACCGAUUGACUUCAAGGGCAUGGUCGUCAAGGCCAUCAAGACUGAUGGAAUUAUAGACAUAGAGUUUGAUGACGACAAGGUGGUGAAGAGCGCGUGA